UAGUAGUUAAAUAUUCUGGAAAUUUCAUGUUAUUAUAGCCAGUAUAUUUUCAACCGUACGGCAUGCUUUAUUCCCUUCAUCCGUACCUAAAAUACUUUGCUUUGCUGGGCCUUGUGCCAUGGUCAGAGAGUUGUGCUCAUUCGCAGUUCGUUCAAAAAUUGUACUCAGCGUUCCUAAUUAUUUUAAAUGCAGUUAAUUUCGGGAUUUCUAUUAAUUUUCCACAGAAUUCAGAACUAUUUCUCUCUCUUAUGGUCAACGUGAUUGUUUUCGUAGCUAAGAUUGUGUGUGUUGCUGUAAUUGUACUGCAGAUGAUGGUUCACUACGAUGACUACUUCAGGUUCUGCAUGGAGAUAAAGUACUUGGGACUUCGAUUGCAGUGCGAACUUAAGAUACAUGUAGGGCGGUUAAAGUGGCAGUCGUAUGCGAAAAUUCUAGCACUUGGUAUUGGAUGUUUGGUGACGCUAUUGCCCUCCAUCUAUGUUGCUCUAAACGGAAGCCUUCUCUACUUUUGGUCCUCCCUCUUGUCAAUCCUUAUUAUAAGGAUGCAAUUUGUAUUAAUGCUUUUGUACGUAGAUUUGCUGGGUCAGCACGCGAGUCUGUUAGGUAAACGGCUCCAAAACGUUCUUGAGUGUCAUUUGAUGGGCGCCAACUGCAGUUUGGACAGUAAUGCCAAUCGGCUUUGCUCUCUAGAUUUCCUGUUAGCACUUAAACAGUGUCACAUGGAACUUUAUCAUCUGUUCACCCACUUCAACGAUCUCUUUGGCUGGUCCAUACUUGGCACCUAUGUGGUUCUGUUUUCAGAUAGCACCGUCAAUAUUUACUGGACCCAGCAGGUUCUGGCUGAGGUCUAUCAAUACAAGUAUCUUUAUGCCACAUUUUCCGUUUUUUUACCAUCAUUCGUCAACAUCUUGGUGUUUUGCCGUUAUGGAGAGUUUUGCCAACGACAGAGUGUCAUGAUUGGAAGUUAUUUAAGGAACUUGUCCUUCCAUCCCUCGAUCGGAAGAGAAACCUCUUAUAAAGAUCUGCUGACAGAGUUUAUAAUGCAAGUGGAACAAAAUUUAUUGACUAUCAAUGCUGAGGGCUUUAUGAACGCUGAUAACUCGCUUUUAAUGUCGAUUUUGGCUGCGAAAGUGACCUAUUUGAUCGUGCUUAUGCAAUUCAGUUCAGUGUAGCAAUUUCACCCAUUUCUCUUAUGUAAGACUACGAAAUUAUAUAUAACAUUUAACCAAAGACAUUAGAA